UUUACCCUGCAGCACGGCUGAGUUGUGCGCGACGCAGAGUUGACAGUUGGCAGUUCACCUGUCUCAGUAUCAACACAGCAGUUUACCUUCACUUCUCAGUCGGGCAGCAGCAGCAGAUUAUUUACAACAUGAAAAGGAUCCAGAAGGAGAGACCAGACUCACCUGAACCCAGCUGUGUGUCCAUGAAGAGUGACUGGUCAAAGCAUGAAGCUAUUGAGUUCAAGAAGGCACCAGACUCACCUGAGCCCAGCUGUGUGUCCAUGAAGAGUGACUGGUCAAAGCAUGAAGCUAUUGAGUUCAAGAAGGCACCAGACUCACCUGAACCCAGCUGUGUGUCCAUGAAGAGUGAAUGGUCAAAGCAUGAAGCUAUUGAGUUCAAGGAGGGACCCCACUCUACUGACAAAAGGAGAGUCCACCAGCAGAGCUCAGAGCUUCCCAGAGGUCAGGUGGCUCAGGAUCAUCAAACAGACCUGGACUCCAUAUUUAAGAUGCUUGAGGAGAACAUGGUCACUUUUGUGAAGUAUGAGCUGAAAAGGAUCCAAAGCACUCUGAAUCCAGAUUACCCAGAAUGCUUAGAGAGUCAGAGUGAGGAUGAGGACAUGAUGGGUGGUGAAGAGGAAGAGCAGCGGAGGAGCAGCAGAGAGGUUUUUCUGCAGAUGACAUUGCACUUCUUGAGGAGAAUGAAGCAGGAGGAACUGGCUGACCGCCUUCAGAGCAAAACUCUUACUGCAGUUUGUCAACGUGAACUCAAAUCUCAUCUGAAGCAGAGGUUUCAGUGUGUGUUUGAGGGGGUUCCUAAACCAGGACAUCCAGCUCUUCUGAACCAGAUCUACACAGAGCUGUACAUCACAGAGGGAGGAAGUGGGGAGGUCAAUGCUCAACAUGAGGUCAGACAGAUCGAAACAGCAUACAGGAGACCAGCGGGAACAGAAACAGUAAUAAACUGUGAGGACAUCUUUAAACCUUUACCUGGGAGAGAUAAACCAGUCAGAACAGUGAUGACAAAGGGAGUGACUGGCAUUGGGAAAACAGUCUUAGCACAGAAGUUCACUCUUGACUGGGCUGAAGGCAAAACUAACAAGGAUAUACAGUUCACAUUUACAUUCACUUUCAGAGACCUGAAUUUACUUAGAGCGAAAAAGUUCAGCUUGGUGGAACUUCUUCAUCACUUCUUUAUUCAGACCAAGGAAGCAGGAAUCAGAAAGUUUGAGCAGUUCCAGGUUCUGUUCAUCUUUGUCGGUCUGGAUGAGUGUCGACUUCCUCUGGACUUCAAGAACAACCAGAUCCUGACUGAUGUUACAGAGUCCACCUCAGUGGACGCUCUGCUGACAAACCUCAUCAGGGGGAACCUGCUUCCCUCUGCUCGCCUCUGGAUAACCACACAAUCUGCAGCAGCCAAUCAGAUCCCUCCUGAGUGCGUUGACAUGGUGACGGAGGUGAGAGGCUUCACUGACCCACAGAAGGAGGAAUACUUCAGGAAGAGAUUCAGAGAUGAGAAGCAGGCCAACAGAAUCAUCUCCCACAUCAAGACGUCACAAAGUGUCCACAUCAUGUGCCACAUCCCAGUCUUCUGCUGGAUCACUGCUACAGUUCUGGAGGAUGUGUUGAAAACCAGUGAGAGAGGAGAGCUUCCCAAGACCCUGACUGAGAUGUACAUCCACUUCCUGGUGGUUCAGUCCAAAGUGCAGAACAUCAAGUAUCACGGCAGAGCUGAGACAGAUCCACACUGGACACCAGAGACCAGAGAGAUGAUCCUGUCUCUGGGAAAACUGGCUUUUGAGCAGCUGGAGAAAGGAAACCUGAUCUUCUAUGAAGAAGACCUGGCAGAGUGUGGCCUUGAUAUCAGAGCAGCCUCAGUGUACUCUGGAGUGUUCACACAGAUCUUUAAAGAGGAGCGUGGGCUGUACCAGGACAAGGUUUUCUGCUUCGUCCAUCUGAGCAUUCAGGAGUUUCUGGCUGCAGUUUAUGUCUUUCUGACCUUCACCAACUCUGGUGUCAAUGUGAUGAAAGAAAAACAGCAAACCUUCCCAUCAUCCAUGACAUCAAGAAAUUUACAAGACCUCUACCAGAGUGCUGUGGACAAGGCCUUACAGAGUCCAAAUGGACACCUGGAUUUGUUUCUGCGCUUGCUCUUGGGCCUUUCAGUGGAGACCAACCAGCGUCUCCUACGAGGCCUGAUGACACAGACAGGAAGUAGCUCACAGACCAAUCAGGAAACAGUCCAGUACAUCAAGGAGAAGAUCAGAGAGAAUCCCUCUCCAGAGAGAAGCAUCAACCUGUUCUACUGUCUGAAUGAGCUGAAUGACAAUUCUCUAGUGGAGGAGAUCCAACGGCACCUGAGUUCAGGACGUCUCUCCACAGACAAACUCUCUCCUGCUCAGUGGUCAGCUCUGGUCUUCAUGUUGCUGUCAUCAGAAGAAGGUCUGGACGUGUUUGACUUGAAGAAAUACUCUUCAUCAGAGAAGGCUCUUCUGAAACUGCUACCAGUGGUCAAAGCAUCUAAAAUAUCUGUUCUGAGUGGCUGUAAUCUGUCAGAGAGAAGCUGUGAGGCUCUGGCCUCAGUUCUCAGCUCCCAGUCCUCCAGUCUGAGAGAGCUGGACCUGAGCAACAAUGACCUGCAGGAUUCAGGAGUGAAGCGUCUCUCUGCUGGACUGUCCAGUCCAAACUGUAGACUGAAGGCUCUCAGGCUGUCAGGCUGUCUGCUCACACAGGAAGGCUGUGCUGCUCUGGCCUCAGCUCUGAGCUCCAACCCCUCCCAUCUGAGAGAGCUGGACCUGAGCUACAAUCAUCCAGGAGCCUCAGGAGAGAAGCUGCUCUCUGCUGGACUGGAGGAUCCAACCUGGAGCCUGGAGGCUCUCAGGGUGGACCAUGGUGGAACUCAGAUGUUGAAACCAGGCCUGAGGAAAUAUGCCUGUGACGUCAAACUGGACCCAAACACAGCACACAGAAACCUCACUGUGUCUGAGGACAACAGAAAGGCGACGCUGAUGAGGAAGAAGCAGCCAUAUCCUGAUCACCCAGAGAGAUUUGACAUCUAUCAACAGGUGCUGUGUGGAACUGGUCUGACUGGGAGGUGUUACUGGGAGGUCAAGUGGGACGGAUGGGUUAACAUAGGAGUGACUUACAGAGGAAUCAGACGCAGAGGAAACAGUGUUGACUGCUGUCUUGGAGGAAACGACAAAUCCUGGAGUGUGUUAUGCUCAGAUGAAAGCUACCUUGCCUGGCACAAUAACAGAAACACAGUCAUACACACCCCGUCCACUUCGAACAGAGUAGCAGUGUAUCUGGACUGGCCUGCUGGCUCUCUGUCCUUCUACAGCGUCUCCUCUGACGCUCUGAUCCACCUCCACACCUUCACCUGCACCUUCACUGAACCUCUGUACCCUGCCUUCGGGCUUAAUUUAGAGUUGUCUGGUUCCUCAGUGUCUCUGUGUCAUAUGGAGGACAGAGAAUCGCCUCCGGUGUAAAAAACACUCACUCCUGAAAUGUGAGUUCACAGUGUACACCUACAUCCUAAAGUGGGUAACCUGAUGUUUUGUAGAGAUUGCACAGGGAAAAAAUGCUUCCCUCCAAGUUUUAGGGCGAUUGUGCUGAGGAUGACACUGUGCCAAAGCAACAGGUGUGCUCCAUAAUACAAAACACACCCCGUCCCAUCAUCGACCCUAACUUCAGUGUCGGUGGUGCAGGUGCUGCUUGUGAUGCAGCUGAUUUUUUCUAGGCUGUAAACAGGAGAUAGAUUCACUCCCUCCUUUGGAUGUGUUGGUUUGCCCUUUCUUAAUUAUCAGUGAGAAUAACAUCUGCACAAAACAGCUUCCUCAAAUGGCAGCAAGAUGUCAGCAAACCACACACAGUGGUCUUUAAUGCUUGCACCAGACAAAGACACAAGAGAGGAUCUGGGGUGUAGAGCUCAUAUUCAGGGCUCUAUUUUAUCAUCUGAAAAGCACGCGCAGGUGCACUUAGGACGUGUCCAAGUCCACUUCUGCUAUUUUAACGGCAGAGAAAAUGGCCGUUGCACCAGGCGCCAGGCUCAAAAGGGUUGUACAUAGUCGCUUCAGUAAUCACGGGUGUGUUUCAGGUGUAACAUGCCGUAAACAAAUCAUAGUGCCAUCUCACACUCCCUUUAAAAGCCAGGUCAGUUGCACCUUGACUGAUUGCUUAUUAUAAUCCCUGGUGGAACAUUUCCCAAUAGUGUAAGUAAGUACUGGGAAAUAUUUUGGAUUUUUUUUUUUUUUUUUUUGUAUAUUUGUUUUUUAAUGUUGUAAUCUUUUAUCAUGGCUUCAAUGAUUACAAUGAAAUGACUCAUGAAUGCCUUUUUAAAAAUUGCUGUACUUAUUCAUUUGGCCCUGUUGUCUGUGUCUGGCAUCACUGUAAAACAACAAAAUAUCAUAAUUCAUUCUUUGUUUUUAAUCACUGGCAUUUUAAAGUAUCUCUUGAUGUAUGAGGGAUAAGAAGUGUAUUCUGGGGUUUUGAUG